GCUGUUUGCAUAAAGCUGGACGCCAAGAGAGCUACUCACACACCACCAUCACCAACAAUAUCCUGGAAGACGUUGCACAUCCACCAAGCUGUGAAUUAAGAGCUGAGAGACAAAACGACGCGGGAGAGAACAACUCAAGCUGCUUUUAAAGAGAGAAAAACACACACAAAAGACUUUUCUCUUUAAAAAAAAGUCGUUUCAACGGAGCAAAAACCAUCAAAGAUGACUGACUUCUGAGAGCGAAAUCCACCGGGAGACCCCGAGGAACUUCUUCCAUCAACGACAACUUUCACACAAGAAGAAGACAAAAGAAACAGAAUAAUUCAGUCACAUCGCAGCCAUGGACUCGGGAAAGCAAAUAACGUUCCCGUUGAUGCUGAGCGUUGGAGCAGCUGUGAUUGGCUCCCUGCAGUUCGGCUACAACACCGGUGUCAUCAAUGCCCCUCAAAAGACCAUCGAGAAGUUCAUCAAUGAGACGUGGUCAGAACGCUACUCGGACGAGAUCACCAAGAGCCAGCUCACGGCCAUCUGGUCCAUCGCCGUCUCCAUCUUCUCUGUCGGUGGCAUUUUCGGCUCCUUCUCAGUCGGACUCUUUGUCAACCGCCUUGGAAGGAGGAACUCUAUGCUCUUUGUCAACAUCCUGGCCUUCAUCGCAGCCGUUCUGAUGGGCUUCUCGAAGAUGGCGAGCUCCUGGGAAAUGCUUAUUGCGGGUCGUUUCGUGAUCGGCCUCUACUCCGGCCUCUCCACAGGCUUCGUGCCCAUGUACGUUGGCGAGGUUUCCCCAACAUCCCUACGAGGAGCCCUGGGCACCUUCCACCAGCUGGGCAUUGUCGUCGGCAUCCUCAUUGCACAGGUGUUUGGAAUGAAGGCGAUCAUGGGCAACGACGACUUGUGGCCGCUUCUCUUGGGCUUUACCUUCAUCCCCGCUGUGGUGCAGUGCAUCGUGCUGCCUCUCUGCCCCAAGAGCCCCCGCUUCCUGCUCAUCAACAAGAAUGAAGAGAACAAGGCCAAGGCUGUGUUGAAGAAGCUCCGAGGCACCACAGACGUGAGCUCUGACAUGCAGGAGAUGAAGGAUGAGAGCCGGCAGAUGAUGAGGGAGAAGAAGGUGACCAUCCCGGAGCUCUUCCGCUCGCCCCUCUACCGCCAGCCCCUCCUGAUUGCUGUCAUCCUACAGCUCUCCCAGCAGCUGUCUGGCAUCAACGCUGUAUUCUACUACUCCACUCGUAUCUUUGAGAAAGCCGGAGUCGAGCAGCCUGUCUAUGCCACCAUUGGAGCCGGUGUGGUUAACACAGCUUUCACUGUUGUGUCGCUGUUUAUCGUAGAGCGCGCAGGACGUAGGUCUCUGCACCUGGUGGGGCUGCUGGGAAUGGCCGGAUCUGCAGUCUUAAUGACUAUUGCCUUGGCGCUGUUGGACCAGGUCAAAUGGAUGUCAUACGUGAGCAUCGUGGCCAUUUUCUCCUUCGUGGCGUUCUUCGAGAUCGGCCCGGGUCCCAUCCCCUGGUUCAUCGUGGCAGAGUUGUUCUCGCAGGGACCCAGGCCUUCAGCCAUCGCUGUGGCUGGUUUCUCCAACUGGACGGCUAACUUCAUAGUGGGAAUGACCUUCCAGUAUAUUGAGGAACUGUGCGGCCCCUACGUGUUUAUCAUCUUCACCAUACUGCUGCUCAUGUUCUUCGUCUUCACCUACUUCAAAGUGCCGGAGACAAAGGGCCGGACGUUUGACGAGAUCUCCGCCGGCUUCCGCCAGACGGCCGCUGGAGGAGAAAAGCACUCGCCGGAGGAGCUCAACAGCCUGGGAGCAGACUCUCAGCUCUGAGCGACUGACUUUUUUUUAACUUCUAACAAACUCUUUCUCGGGCUGAGGCGGUCGCGAGAAGGGUCUACUAACUAGAAGUAGACACAUCCAUUGGUAGAAUAAUUUUCACGCUGUCACCACAUUUCGGGCGUUAUUACCAAAACACAGAACAGCCGUUGUGUGAUUCUCCAACAUGACGUUCUCCGCCGCCCCUCUCAGGUCACAACAAAGAAACUCGAUGGGCACUAUGUCGCCUGAUGUGGAGAGGGGAGGAUGAGGAUAGAUGGGGAAGGUUUUUAAUAUUUUAAGAUAUAUUAUAAAGAAGGAAAAGGAGUGUCUGCAUCAAUCAACCAACCUUUUUUAAAUCUUUUUUUUCACAGAAUAUAUAUAUUACUGAUGUAUGCUUAUGCUCUGUUCUUUGUAGCCUGUUACCAUACAGUCAGUUUGUUACUGCAGCUGUAGAGAUCAGUUCACUGUGCAGAAGUUUUUAUCGAUCAUACUGUAAUGCUGUAUCACUGUAGACUCUAGCACUGUAGAUGCUGCACGGCUCCACUGUGUGUCUCCCCACCAGAUGGGGCACUGCCCUUAAAAAAGGUCCCAAUGCUCCACUGAUGAGGAAUAACUUAUUUGUUACUGAGUACACAAAGUGUGUUAUGUCGAUAACACUCCACACAUUAUACAUUUUUGUUACUCCUGCUGGAUAAUAUUUUACUCCUUUUUAUUGUUGGACAAAAGACUUUUUCUUCAUAAAAAUGACAUUUUUUUAUAAGAUUUAUGGUCAUGAAGACAAAACAGCAAUAUAUCAAGAAAUUCACCCAUCACUCCUUUUUAUCAGUACAUUUGAUGAAAUUAAUAUUGACACGUCUCUGUGCAGGAGGAACAGUCUCUGCUCAGAUCAGUACCAGAGCGCUGAACUUGGCAGCGAAGUAGAAUAAAUAAAUCACACAUCCGUUUUACCGUGACAUGAGAUAAGAAUGCAAUCGGCAGCCAUGAAACCAAAAGUAUAAUCUGACUCACAAAAACCAAAACGUGUGGGAGAUUAAGUGCCCGUCUAAAACAAUCAAGCCUCUUCCGCCUUCAGCCUUUACAGCCUUUACAGCCUUAUCACCGUGGAGCAGUUUAAGGUCGGGUCGGCCUGAUCCAGACAGAAAGCCUCUGUCAGCGGACUAUCUUCAUUUUAAGCAUUUUCCAGUUGAGAUUAUACCUGUAGACUCUACAGGUAUAAUCUACAGUGUAGAGCCUCCACAAUCUGGUGAAUUGGCUCGAGAGCUGUCAACGGGAGCUGCAAUGCUGCACGCUGUUCCCCUGUGACAACUACGAAGCAUCUUCAGAAAACAGAAAUAAUGGGGACCAAAAUGAAUGUCGGCCUUGUGGAAGGUUUUUGUUAUCUUGAAAGUGCUUGGGUCAAACCCCCAGUGUUCCUUAAUGUGUCACAGGACACAUAUUGCUUUGGUGCGAGGCUUGUUUGGUGCCUUGUGCGCUGCAGUAUUGUUAGCUCUCUCUCUCUCUCUCUUUGGGUUGUGUGCUGCACUGUUGAAAACAAACUCGGUAGUCUGUCUCACUUUGCCUUGCUGUUCAAGCCGCCGUCUAUUACUGCUGUAUCACUUGUUGAAUCUUUCUUUUCUUUAAAUGUUUGAGGAAAGUUAUCUUUUUUUAGCAGCACUUUAUUAUUCACCGUGAUAUUUCUUUUGUCGUUUUCUUUUUCUUUCUUUUUUUUUUACUCACAGCGUGGAAUCUUUGUUACUGAAGAGAGAUUGAAGUACUGCUGAUGUUUUUGAAAUGGAAAUGUGUGAAAUAGUGUCAUUUGUUCAUAUCUAUUAUGGUCUUGUAUCAAGCACAUUUUAAUCUAUUGAGGACUUUGAUCCAGAUCCAACCCAGCAGUAAAACAAAAUCCAUUUGAAUCAUUCCAUAAUUGGUUGUUAAUUAUUGUAUAUAGUAGAUCUUUAUUUUGUCAUUUGAUGGGUCACCUCACCCACCAGCCCUGGAAAGCACUGAAACAUCCACUCUCACCAGCAAAAAUCAAGCAAUGGCACCAAAACAUGUACUUCCCAUCACAGACUGAUGUCUGUAUCAAAACUGUAUUUUAUGUACAUAGAUUCACCUUUCUGCUUGGGCAUUUGAUUUUUAAAUGUAGCCUUUAAAAUCUCCUGGUUGUUGGUCUAAGCACACACAACAUGAUGUAAAUAUAAAACGCACUAUAGCCUCACCCACUCCAAAUUUAUAAACUAUUUAACUUUUAGUUUUGAUAGAUACAUUAAUGCUGUAGGGCUGUAUAUCUCUAUGCAUCUAGCUUCCAUACUUACUCCUGUUUCCUUUUGAUUUUAUACCUGAAGAUAUGUUGUGGCCUAAUAAUACCAUAAUACUUUUAAUUAAUAAUGUUAAGGAGAUGCAGUCAGUAGUGUUUUCAUUUUAGUGCACAGAGCAUAUUCUAAUGUUUGUAAUAAUAAAAGAUCUGUUUGUAUGUUUUUUUUGGAACGUGAAAUUCUGAUGUUGGGGGAAUAUGGAUUGUGAUGGAUGAUGUCCUGAAUGGCUCUUGUGUAAGUGGUUUAAUGCUGAAUAAAAGAAAUCAUGCAUACAGA